AUGACACGAGGAAGGCUGUACGGUCACCGAUUUCCACCGCAAAAACCAGGAGAGGAAGGAAUGACACUUGUCGAGGAGCUUCAAUGGAAAGAAGAAGAAGAAGAAGAAGAAGAAGAAGAAGAAGAAGAAGAAGAAGAAGAAGAAGAAGAAGUGAAACCUCAAGGCAUUGGAGAGUCUCGACAGUAA